AUUAUUCACCACAAUUGUUUGCCAUUCAUCUGCCGAAAUACAACAUUUUAGGACUGAAAAUACGCGGAGUUGAGAGAAUACUUAUGAUUUAUAUGUUGUUUACAGGUAUAAACUAUUAUCAGUAAACUGGCCGUUGAGAAAGGUCGUGAGCUACAGCAAUUUGCAUCCAAGCACAAACCGCAAACAUUUUCGCGCGUUUGUUUACGUUUGAAACGGGGCGUUUACCGUUGGAAACUGAAAUGUUUCACCGCUCAUGCAAUCUCGUACCCAAAGCAAUGCCUAUGCGCGGGCUAGGAUGGCAUUGGGUGUGGGGAAAUUGAAUUUUUCCUGUGCUGUGAUUGGUUUAACGUUUGUCAAUCGUGCAUGCCGACAAAGAACCGGAAAUUUAGGGGUUCCGGAAGUUUCAAAACAAUCAAAAGACAAUGGGACAUUCUGAUUACUGGAUCAUGACUGUAUAGCAUGGAGAACAGUAGGAUUAAAAAAGAAACUGAAUGAAAAGACAACAGAAAGCUUUCGUUUGUAGGUGAUGGGUUCAUUGGCGUCAGAAAUGCUUUCACAUGGGAAGAAACUUUCAGGUUUACUCAUCAAACAUGGUUUUAAUAAUUAUCAUUUGAUUGCCCCUGGUGACCUGCCAAGUAAGUCUAUUUUUCUGUGCCGCUAAAACAGUUCUUCCUAAGAGUCCUGUAAAGCCCUAGAUACCUCUAUCAGUUCUUAAUUCUUGUCUUUAGAGGUCCAGUAAUCGUCCUCUCUUAUUGAUCCAGUGUUACCACUGGAGGAAACCUAAACUAAACUAACUUUAUUUAUACUGGAUAGCCUUAUCAAUUUUAAACUGUUCUUCCUAGAGGUCCAGUAAGAAUCAUCUUUUAUUAAUCCAGUGUUACUACAGGAGAAACCUAAACUAAACUAACUUUAUUUAUACCGGAUGGCUCUAUCACUUCUGAACUGUUCUUCCUGGAGGUCCAGUAAGGAUCAUCUUCUGAUUAAUUGUGUUAUUUAACGCCAGACGAUUUUUUCCGUUAAAGAUUAUAUUAACUUCUUACUAACCGAACGCGAGAUCUGUACAGAUAAAUGUCGGACAGAGAUCUUUUUGUAAAGACCAAGCCCCUAGGGCGAGGUUUGUACAAAAAGACCGAGGUCCGAUGUUUCUCUGUACAUACUGAGCAAGCGAGGUCAAUAAAAAGUUUAUUAUAUGGCAUUUAUACUCGAAACAAACAAGAAAUGCAUGAUUUUAAAUGCAUAUUAGUUGCUUGCAUGGUAACAUUUGGUCGAAGAAAACAAAAAAUACCAAUGUAUUCCUUCUUUCCACUAAAAACUAUUCGCAGAUAUCUUAUUAAUAACAAAUUAAAUUAUAAUUUUCAAAUUUUCAACUAGUUUAAAAUUAAAAUUAAAAAAAUUUAAAAUAAAAAUUAAAAUUUUAAAAUUUUAGUUGUUUUUUUUAAUUUUAGUUUUGCUGUUUUGUUUAUAAAUGCAUGCGUUUGUUUUUACGUAAUGACCGCCGGUCAUUACGGGAAAAUAAUGACCGGUAAAAGUGCUUCUCAGCCAAUCACAAUCCGCCAUUUCACCGGAAGUGAUGCUUGCCAUAUCAUAAUAAUGGUUAAUUCUUUGUUAUUUUUGUGGGUAGCCAAUGCAGUGAAUGACAUGUAUGCUGAUGGUGUAUUGACUGUCAUUUUACGAGUGGAUUCCAACCCUGCUGCUGUGCUAAGUAGGUUUUGAUCUUUUUAAAUCUUAGUAAUAAUUAUUUUGCCAAUAAUAUCCAAAGGUGUGUUUAUAUAUGAGCCCAGCUAACUUGGAAACCCAGCUGAACUAGAUCUGCGUGCCCUUUGUUGAGAUUAUAGAUUGAAGAAUUUGCAAACGUGUUUUCAUAGCCAUGUUCGUUUACGUAAAGAAUUGUUUAUCAGAUUUCAGUAACAAGUUGCAAGAGAGGGAAAACUGGCGUUUUCUAACAAAGGUGAGUCAAGCAGUCGUUGCUACCAUAAUACCAUUGGAAAAUUGGCUGCCUCUACAAAAAUAAAACUGGGCACAGCGCCCUGAGGGAGACCAGUUUAGAACUGAUAGAGCUAUCCAAUAUAAAAUAAAAUAAAAUAAAGUCAGUUUAAUUUAGGCUUCCUACUCUAGUAACACUGGAUCAAUAAGAGAUAAUCCUUACUGGACUUCUAGGAAGAACAUAAAGAUAAAACUGAUAUAUUCUGCAGCUAUAUACUGCAGAGUUGUAGUUUAAUCUAUAGCUCCCUAAAUUUAGUUCAUUAUCUGUUUGUUCCAUUUGCAUGUUUGUUUAUGUGCAUGUUGCUUUAUUAUAUUCCCUCUUGAUUAAGACAAUAGUUGACUUUUUGAAAUAAUUGUUUCGUGCGUAGCACAUAUUCAACUAUUGUUGAACUAUUUCAUUUUCUUUUAGGUGAUCUCGAUAUCUAAAACAAACCUACAACAAAUUAAUCAAUAUAAUAAUGGCGAUAAUGUUGAUGAUGAUGAUGGAAUAGAAAUUGACAUAUUACAUUGAAUUACACACCAUUAUGAAAUAAUUUUACAGAGAGCUUUAAUUUCUGACGUAAUAAUUGGC